ACCCCGUAGCUGGAAUGAACCAAUCAGAAAGAAAAUAAACAAUAUCACAGAAAGGUCGACGAUGGCGAAUGUAAACAAAAGAUAUUCCUAUCUUACGCCGAGAAGCGCCUUUGAUGCGGCAAAGAAGAUGGCAUCAAAAGCCCACCUGUUGAUCUCUCUCACAUGUCUGAUGCUGAUGAUUGGCAUUCUGUCUGGAGUCGGGGUCUACAUAUGGCAGAAGCACUUCAAGGACGAAGGAGGUGGACGCAGCGCUAUCGUUUUUGGCAAGAACGAGAACAUCCAGCUCGAGCUGACCAGAAGCGGGGUCGCCUUGAGCAUGAAAGGUGAUGUAGCAGACAAGCUGAGAGGUCAGCUGGCCAUAGGCAUGGACACGUCAGACGCGGUCAGCUGUCGUCAUGAAGGGAAGGGGGGAGAUGGUGGGCUUUGUAUGGAGUGGAAUUCGGGGUUGAAGCUCGAGAUUGUAUACAGAUUCAUCAGACUAGUGCGAUAUGAUGUGGACUAUGAAUGUAUGACCGUUACGUGGACGUCAACAGGAGACAAGCAAGAAACGCCUAAAGACUGCUAUGACAUGGCUGAUUUCUACUGGUACGGUGGCUUUGAGCAGUCCUAUCAGUUCUGGCCCAUGAACAAUCUAGAGAUGAAUUCGUCUCCAUUCAUCACUGGUGAUACGUAUGCCACGGAUGCUUACGGCGGUGUUAUAGAGGGCAUUUUCCUGUCGUCUGCUGGAGUUGGCAUCUAUGUGGACGAGUUGUCCCCCUUGUACCUCGGGGUCAACGAAAAAUCUUCGGAAAUGUUGUGUCUCAGAGGGAAAGUCGGCAGCGACACUCCAUUUUUCAGCAUCCCAAAACCGUUUUUAAAAUACGACGUCUGCCAGUCUCCAAACGUCCUUACGAUGUGGCAAGGCAUGUCCGAGUUAUAUUUUCCUAAGCCGCGAAGUGUCCCAUCGGUCGACCUAUUUCGCUCCCCCAUCUGGUGCACAUGGGCUACUUACAAGUCGGACAUCAACGAGUCAACGGUUCUAGACUUUGCGGAACAAAUUUCCGACCACGGAUUCAACAUCUCACAACUGGAGAUCGACGACGACUGGACCCCACAUUACGGAGACUUUAAUUUUAGCACCAGCAAAUUUCCUGAUGCAUCCGCCCUCAUUGCGAAACUGAAUGGAAUGGGAAUCCCUGUCACAGUUUGGAUGCACCCUUUUUUCAACAAUGACUCUGAUGCUUUCCGUGAACUUUCUGGGGAAGGUUUUCUUAUAAAAAAUUUGAAUUCGGACGAUCCUCAUUUGGUCAGUUGGUGGAAGGGGUCAUUUGCGGGAGUCUUGGACUUUACCAACCCGAAAGCUGUCAGCUGGUAUUUGGACAAAACUAAAUACUUAAAGGACAAAUACAACGUUGCGUCCUUCAAAUUCGAUGCCGGAGAAGUUCUUUGGAUUCCAGGAACCUACAGGCUCAGCCAGUCUCUGGCCACGCCCAACUACAUCACGAGACAAUACAGCACCUUGACAUUCAUGGCUGACGACCAAAGACGCCAGGAAUUGAGGGUGGGGUUUAGGAGUCAGGAGUCGAGUCUAAUGGUUCGCAUGCUGGACAGGGACAGCAACUGGAGCCACCGACUCGGCAUCAAAACACUGAUACCUUGUGCUCUGACCUUUGGGUUUAUGGGCUACCCAUUUGUUCUCCCGGACAUGAUUGGAGGCAACGCUUACGGAGGAUUUCCAGACGCGGAGCUGUUUAUCCGAUGGCUGCAAGCCACGACUUUUAUGCCCAUCCUGCAGUUCUCCAUCGUGCCGUGGAUGUACAACGACACGUACGUGGAUUUGGCUCGACAGUUGGUGAAGCUGCAUGAAGACUACGCUGACAAGAUCAUCGAACUAGCCGAGAAUGCGCGUAAGACAGGCGAACCGAUCAACAGACCGCUGUGGUGGUUAGAUCCAUACGACGAUCAGGCCCUGAGUACCGACACGGAGUUUCUUCUAGGGAGUGACGUCCUUGUGGCUCCGGUCCUUGACCAGGGGGCGGUGUCACGUGAUAUUUAUCUCCCCGUGGGACGGUGGAAGGACGAGACGACGGGCAAGUUGUACGAGGGCAGGCAGUGGCUGAAGGACUACCCCGCGCCUCUAAAUGUGUUGCCUUACUUCACACUGGUUAAAUAACAGACUUGCAGUAUGAUUAUGUUUACAAAAAAUCAUUCUGUUUUCUCCGUACCCCAGACCCCAUCCCAGACCGAAAAGAAAGACAUGUAGAUAAGUUUUACAUUAAAAAAAAAUUACUACACCUAUAUUACUUUAUUGAAUCUAUAUGUAUAAUAAAACAAAUAAAAAAAACCUUGGUCGCUCGUGAAA